AAGUAGAUAAAAAAAUAAAGACAAAGACGGAAGAUACAAGCCCGAUCUGGCCAACCUCAGACUCAAAACUCCUUUAGAUCUUUUUUUCUGUUGUCAUAAAACUCCUUUAGAUCUACUUCUCUGUUUCUUAGUGUUUUUGUUCGAUUCCACUGAAGAAGAAGAUAUGAGAUAUGACAUCAAACAAACCCUACGAAGCUUCAACAAAUCUUAAAGAAGAGAUACGUUUCUUCCCAUCUCUCUCGUCCCUUCCUCUCUCUCAAAGCAGCGGCCAUGCGUCGGCGGCUAAUUCAUUACGCGAUCUUUCUCCCACCAUUGUUGUUACUCGUUUUCGGCGAAACUAAUCCUUCUGACUCGUCUUAUGUUACUCCCAUCAACUGGGAUCUCUACCACUCCAGUGAUGAUUUAAUGGAGCAGAUAAAUUCGUUGGUACAUCGACAUCCAGAUAAGCUCUCGAUUGAGAUGAUUAAAUCGGGGAACAAAGGCUACAAUGCAGAGGUUAACGUGGUUACUUAUUGUCGUGGUGGUAGAGAUAGCGAUGACAGGUCAAACUUUAGGAUCCUUCUUACUUUUGGGCAGCAUGGGAGAGAGCUUAUCACCUCUGAACUUGCUUUUCGUAUUUUGUCAAUUUUGAGCGAAGAACAGUUCUUACCAAAGAAGAACGGAGCAGCCCUUAACAGCACCCUUGACAAGCUAGUCGUAAAGAUGGUUCCUAUAGAAAACCCGAAUGGUCGCAAACGUGUUGAAUCUGGAGAUCUUUGUGAACGCAGAAAUGGAAGAGGAGUUGACCUGAACAGAAAUUGGGGUGUUGACUGGGGCAAGAAAGAAAAGGAUUAUGAUCCAUCUGAAGAGAAUCCAGGAACUGGUCCGUUUAGUGAGCCUGAAGCUCAAAUAAUGCGGAAGCUAGCUAUAUCAUUUGAUCCUCACAUAUGGAUAAACGUGCAUUCUGGAAUGGAGGCUCUCUUUAUGCCUUAUGACCACAAAAACAUAACCCCAGAAGGAUUGCCGACGCAGAAGAUGAGGACCUUACUUGAAAAAUUGAAUAAAUUUCAUUGUCAAAACCGCUGCAUGAUUGGGUCUGGUGGUGGCUCUGUAGGGUACCUGGCACAUGGUACAGCUACAGAUUAUAUCUAUGAUGUUGUAAAGGCACCAAUGGCAUUCACCUUUGAGAUCUAUGGGGAUAACCAGACCGCUUCAAGAGAUUGCUUUAAAAUGUUUAACCCGGUUGAUCUACCCAAUUUUAAGAGAGUUCUCAAUGACUGGUCUGCUGCAUUCUUCACAAUAUUCCAACUGGGACCGCUCCACUUAGACGGAAACAGUUCCAAGGCUGCAGAUAAAUGGGUGUCUAUAGACGAGUAUUUGGACGGCUACUUGGUGGAAAGGAAGAACAGAUAUGGGAAAAACAUGGAAGUCAUCGAUGUCGGAAUGCAGGAGAUCAAAACAUACUUCAGGCUCUUCAUGUUGUCCUCGGUACUUCUGAUAUUCAUGUUCUGUUCCAGGAUUGCUAAAAGCAAGUAUAGUAGAAACUCCAUACCUGUCAAUGUCAUGCCAUAAAACAUUUGGAGGAAGCUCUCAUUUAAUUAACCCUUGUAAGUUAGUAAUUUUUUUGGUUGCAAAACUUGUAUUCCUCAGUUAGGAAUGUUGUGUCUCAUGAAAGACGAACAUAAUUCUUUGGAUUUGAGAUUGAUUCUUAAGUAAAGAAGCUUUGGUUUAGAA